AUGAAGCAAUGUUAUCUGCAGGUAGUGUUGCAACAUGAUAGAGGUGUUUAUGACUGGCGCACAUCUCUGCGUCAGAGCGCCUUGUUUGCUCAACCUUCAUCAGGAAGAAGCGGCAGCAAACAGAGGACUAACAGAAGGUUUCCAGUAUACACGCCAUCAUGUCUGUGUCUGAGGAUGAAGCAAACGUUUCCUCACAUAAUCCCUCAGAAGCCUCGGCUUCUGAGCUCAUGUGUCCCAUUUGCCUGCAGCUCUUCUCUGAGCCUCUUUCUCUUCCCUGUGGUCAUGUCUAUUGCUUUCCGUGCCUUGAGACCAUGGAAGAAGGCCUCGAUCAACACAGCUGCCCGCAAUGUCAAGCGGAAUACCCAGGAAGCUCUGCUCUUGUGAAACAAGUCAAAAUGCCCCAAUUUGUAGAGACCUUAAAAUCCGAUCCUGGAAAAGUUCUCUCCACUGAAGACCAUCCUGAUGUCCUCCAUGUGAUAUCCAAGAGUAUGCAGGAUUUAGCAAUGGAUCAGUCAACUGGUGAAAGCCAAUGUGGAGAAAAAGGGAGGGAAGAUGGAGUCUGUGAGAUUAGGUCUGAAUCUAAAGACAUACCCUAUAAUCCAGUGCCAGCAAAAAAUCUAAGCAGAGACAAAAUGGAAAUGAAGGUACCCAAGUUUAAACUUGCAUCUCAAGUCACAGAAUUACACUUGAAGCUAGAGAUGGCAGAAGGUGCUCUAAAGAAGGAGAGGGAGUGGGAGCUUCAGGUGAAAACCUCCAACUGUCAGCUGAGAGAGAAAAUAUCUGAGCUGCUAGGGCAGAUGACGGACACUCUGCACAGCUAUGGUGACCAGGUAAGGCAGAUUGUGGAGAAGGAGUUAGGUCCAGGUGAAGCCAGCAUCAGUAGUCGAGUGGGUGAAACGUCUGAGCUGGUCAAACAGCUGAGGCACGCUGUGCUAACUGCUGAAUCACUUCUGACUGAAGAUGACGAGAAGGCAUUCAGUGACGAACUUCAAAGUCUUAAGCCCUGUAUUGCAGAAUUAUUGGCUAAACCACUUAGAGCAGACCAAGACUUUGUGGAAACCAAGGCCAGCGCUGUCCGAGCCUGUCCCCAGCUGGAGGACAUGAGCUCUGAGCUGAGGGAACAACUUGGAGAGAUUCAGCGCUCCCUUCGGAACACCCUCAACCCAUCAGAGCUGACCUUUGACCCUGAGACGGCUCAUCCUAAUCUCAUCCUCUCAGAGGACCUGAAGACAGUGACUUUCAGCACUGUGAAGCAGUCCUACCCAUCCUCACCGCAGAGGUUUACCAGCUUCUACCAGGUGCUCAGCACUCAAAGCUUCUCAGAAGGGGAACACAGCUGGGAGGUGGAGCUGGAAGGUUCACCGUGGAUCGUCGGUAUGUGCUACAGUGCAAAGCUGGCACGCGUCGGGGUGCCGUCCGCUCUGGAAAGCAGCCGAAGCUCCUGGUGUCUGAUGUGGUUCGACAACCUGCUGACUGCUUUUGAGCAGGGUCACCCUGUGCCGCUGAAGAAAACCACAGUGUCUCGCAGACUUGAGGUCAAGCUCAGCUUUAAAACACACCGGCUGAGCUUCUACAACAUUAGCUCCUCCUCUGGGAAGACGCAUAUCUACACCUUUAAGGCCAAUCUAACUGAAGCGGUGCACCUCGCCUACAGGAUGAUGUCAGGGCAUCCCAAAGGCAGAGUCACCAUUUGUUCAUAAAGGGACAUUUUGAAAAUAAGCACAAAGGAGACAUAUCAACGCGACUGUAUCUUUACUACCACAUUUCAGAAAAAGUUUAAUAUGAUAAAUCAAUUAGUACCUGUUUUAAGACUAAUAUGUGAUAUUAUAUUACUAGUUUAGACUUACACUCAACUUUAUCCCUUGGAUUUACUCCUUCAGGGAAAUUCUGCUUCCAGUAGCCUAUAUAGAGUACAGAGAGUUAAAGCAAGAGCCAUAAAGGAUAGAAAUAUAACAGACAAUAUAAAAAGUGUGUAUAUAGUACCAAAAAAGUAUUUAAAAAAAGUUGUAAUGUCCUGGAAUAUUUUUCCCUUAGAUAUAAAAAUAUCUGCACAGUAGAGAGCUAAGGGAAGACUGCACAGUAGUUGACCUUGGUUAAUACACUUGUACUGCAGAGAUUUACU